CCCACCAGAUGUGUGAUUUGGGAGGGGCAAAUGCAGAGGUUAGAAUAUGUGACAUCUGAAAGGAUUUUUUCCCCCGGGCUUUUGCAAAAUUGGGAUUUAACGUAUAGCUGUUAAGAAAUUGUUCUCAGUCUUCUUUUGGAAAAACACAUUUAUGUUCAUAAACACAGCAGGGGAUGGAGUAUUUGAUGGAUUAUGAAAGCACAAGUUGUCUGCAUUGUUCAUGAAAUAUAAAGCUGUUUCUUAGGUAAGAUCUUGUUGCAUGUGUGGGUGAGGUCUCUCAGGCGCAGUAAGAGUUUCGAGCGAUCUAGUCUGAAGUGUACCGCCGCAGAGCUCCUCACAGUGGACAAAUAAUUGCAAUGCAUAAAAUGCCUCCACUGAACACGCCAUCGCAAGCAAGAGUCUCCACUAACAGACUUCAACACUCGGAAGAAAACACGCACUUUUAAAGGGAGUUUACCAUAACCGGAGCUCAGGAGUGAAGAUGCCCUUUUGCAAGAGGACAAUUGUCCCUAAAGAUGUGUGCAAGAGUAGCGCGAAGAUUCGAGGCGCAAUGUUCACGGAUCUGGUGGAUGUGUGCGGCGUGACUCUGUGCGCGGUGCUCCGGCAGCUGUCGGAUUUAUCCCGCGAGUCGGUGAGCAUCCUGGAGGAGCUGGAGGGAGAGCUCGCCUCCAUCUGUUACCGCUCCGGAGCGCUGGAGAAUAAACUUACCAGUCUGCAAAAACACAUCUCAGCACUCGCUAGCAAGCCUCCGGCCAAAACCACUACCAACUUGGACUUGGAGAGCAAACGAACAACCCACUUCCAAUCGUCAUGGCAACAGCAUGUGAAUGUGUUCGGCUCGUGGAGUAGGCCGGAGUGUGUGCAGGAGCUGCACCAGGAGGCUCAGCUGAACCUUCAGAGUCUUCUGCAAGAUUUUGAGGAGCAACUGGAUGAUAGCAGAGUAACAGGACAGACAUUCAGACACACUUCUUCUCAGAGCUCCGAGGACACGUCAACCACUCCCAGCCGAUCUUCUUCCUCACUCAACAACAAGAAGACGGAGUUCGUCUUUGUGCCUGCAAAUAAGCAAGUGUGUGAGGAUGAGACCACAACAUUAGGGGUCCGGGCACAUGACCUGACCCAAUGUGGUUCAGAGAGGUCCCUUCUAGGAUGGAAUGCCUCACUGAAUCCCCCUGUUGCAGAGAAACCUCGCUGGCACCUGGGUCGACACUCUCCUGCUCACCUUGUCCCAAUUGACAUCACAGGUGAUGGAAAAAUUCUUGCUGUAGAUCUAAUACAAGGUGCCUGUUCCCCUGGAGUUUCUCAACCCAGAUCUUUGGAGCCCAUUACUGAGAAAACCGGCCAACAUCAGAUUCCCCUUCGGAAGACCCAAAGUGACCUGCAGCACAGUGUCCCCCCAUCCCCAAAGGCCCCAUCAGGCAUGAUGGAUCAUGCCACUGUGAUGUGCCCCAGCCCCCCCUGGAAUGGCCCAAAAGGUUCCACAUUCUCCCCUUCCUGGAAUGACUCCUACAACUAUGCCUUGGUUACAAGCCCUGCUUCUAAGCAGCCUAUAUCUAAAACUGGAAUGUUAACACCUGGAGGUGAAGGAGGUGGCCUAAUGUGUCCACCCCAGACCAGUUCAGGCCUCUCUAUAAGCUCAGGGUCACACUCUAGUUCUUUCACCUCUAUCUCGGAACCAUGUGGACACAGGGUAUACACAGUGACGCAUGGGAUUGGGGUUUCUAUCGGGAGACGUAAUAACACAGAGUCUUCAACUUCAACUUCAGGCACAUGCAGUAGCCACAGUAAAAGUGAACAGGAGAAUAGAUCAGCCCGAUCGAAUUUCUUCAGGUUUCGUGAACGUUCACUUUCAACACCAACAGACUCUAUAUCCUUUUGCUCUACAGAUAUUGUAUGUUCUCCAUGUGAGGCUAUCCCUGUUGUUCCAGAGAGUGAAAGUUAUGCCCUGCUAUAUCCAAGCAACAGUUCAGAGGAUAGCACAAGCACUGACAAUGUUUCUGUGACCACAGGUUCAGACUUUCUUCCAGAUGGCCAACUGAGGACACGCUUGCGCAGUAUUUCACUAAAGAAGCCUAAGAAAAAGCCUCCUCCUCCAGUACGUAGUGUAUCCCUGAUGAGAAACCUGUCAGAGGCUGGAGGGAUGGGCUCCUACCCCAGUGAAGGGCAUUUCAGAGAUGGGAGACCCAAGAGCCUCUUUAUCCCUCGAGAUCACCAUAUUCAAGAUUCAUUCCAGCCAGAGUUCUUAAUUGCAAAGCCUGAGGAGGACACAGAGCAGGCCCACAGUAGCUUGGAGACAUCUUCUGAUAUUUCACAGCCUCCUGACAGGGAAACAGAACUUGAAUUUCCUCCUCACUGGCCACUCAAUGAGUGGAAGUCCAACAAUGAUCCCUACCACUCACUGUCAGGUUCAAGUACAGCCACAGGUACUACAGUGAUGGAGUGCAUAAAGGUUCAGGGGAGCUCAGAGUCCCUAAAUUCAACUUCAACUUCACGUGCCACAUCUCCUUCCCAGCUCUCUAUUGAGGCUGAAACCAAGGUAUCCCCCUUCAAGCCCCCAUGCCUCAUGUCCCCAUCUAGUGGCUACUCAAGCCAGUCUGAAACGCCAACCCCAACUAUAUCAAACACCCUCUUCACUGGACCUUCAGUUGGAUGUAAGAUGCGCCCAAAGAUUCCAGAGAGGAAAUCUUCACUUCCAGCUACUUCUGUGAAAGAUAAAUCCACUCGCUCACGUCUUUCUUUUGAACUACCUGCAAACUCCCAACUGGACCUGUCCUCCAUCAAACCCAAGCCCAAAGCCAGCCGACGCCACUCUGACACAUCUACAGCCAACAAACCAGGCAAAUUGAGCCCCAGUCAGUCUUCUUUGCCUAUGGUUACUACAACAGACUUGCAAAAUAUUCACCUUCGUUCAGUAAGCCGCUCAGAACUUGAAGACAGUCCUGAUGGUUCUUCUGAUGUUAUUGAAGAAGAGCAGAGUCGAGAUCUUAGCCCACCUUUCACCCCCUCUAAUGCAAAACUGUCUAAGCCACCAGUUGCAGUAAAGCCACCUCUUCCUAAACGACCCAUGAACUUGAUGCUAAAAUCUUCCUCCUCAUCCCCUCUGGCAAGUGAAUCUCCUCCAUUUUCCCCUGUGGACCGACCCAUGCCUGUGGGUAACAUUUAUAUGGUUGUAAGAAAGCCCAAACCUAAGAGAACAGCUCAGUCACCACUCAGCACAUCUGUUAUAACCCCACAAAAGCAACUCCACAGCCAUGUACCUUUUUUUCCUGAGUUUGACCUGGAGCAUGGGAUUCCCAUUGAAGAAGAUCUUCCAUCCCCAAAUAGCCCAGAGAGAGAGGAUAAAAGUAAGACCCUUCCAAGUAGAAUGACCAUAUCCUAUUUAGCAGAAUUAGACAAAAGGAAGCCCAAGGUACCCCCACCAGUGCCCAAAAAACCCAAUGUCCUUCUUCUGCAUUCUCCAAGUAUCCAGACUAAUGGUGGAACAGAGAGGCAAACACUACUUUCUAGCAGUGUCUCCCAGUCCCCUACAGGUCCACCACUAUCUGAGACUGAGGAAGAUUCUCAUAAAGAUGAUCAAGACCAUCCCACAAAGCAAAACUUAGAUAGAAAUCAUGAAAACCUUGAAAGUUAUGAGAUCCCUGACAAUCAGGAGAAUGAUGUGGUAGUUGAAGAGGGCAGUUUUAAAGAUUCAGGUUCUCAUCAUAUAAUGGAAGUGAAGACACAUCCAGCAGAAACAGUAAAAGGAACUCCCACAGAAACUGAAAUAGUGGAUGAAAACAACUUUGCAGUUGACAAGACAGAACUGCACAUUACCGAGGAAACAGAUGAUGAUGUAUUUGUCCAUACACCCACAACUCACACCACUGAGGACCUCUUCACCAUCAUACACAGGUCAAAAAGGAAGGUUCUUGGUCGCAAGGAACCAGCUGAUUCUUUUGGAAGCAGGCAGUGUCUGGUCUCACCUGUAAAAAGCAGUAGUACAGACUUCCAUACUCUGAGCCAUGGGAGCACACCUAGGUCAAGCUCACGGAAUGAGAACUUCAUGGCUCUUCUUCAGAAGAGAAGCAGCAAGGCCAGCACUGGGACCAGAGUCUCUGCAAUGGAGUUGUUGAAGAGCACAAACCCCCUGGCAAGACGAGUCACUGAGUAUUCCCAGUCACAACCAGAUGCGACUGCAACAAACACAAGUAAACCAACUCCACAGGACCAGUGAUUCCAGUUGCAGCGAACCGUAUGCGGGAUAUCAAUGUGGCUGGUUUUCUGUUAUGCACCAUUGCCUAUCUCAGUGGUUUAAUUUACAAAGACCUCAUGCUGUUGGAAAUGAAGUGGGUUUGAGUUGUUGCUUUUAAACAAGGGGAUCAUAUUGAUGGUGUAAGAUGUGGAGUCUAUAUGAAAGGAAACUGAGCCCACCACUGCUAUAAAAUUCCAACAUAGAUGGACACAUAUGCUGUUCUGAAAAUUUUAAUGCGAUGAUGAAACUCUUGAUAGGAAACUGACAUCAAGGAAUAUUUUCAGACUGUUCACAUAAUUUAGCUGCCCAGCCUUCAUAUGUGGCCAAAACCAGCUCAACCCAUUUUUGCAGUGGUGAACUAGAAAGUGUCUUAGAAGGAUAAUUGUGUUUAUACAGACACAAACUUACAGACAUUGGAGUGUAUGACUUGAGUCAGAAAUAUGCCACAGAGGUUGUAAGCAAUGUAAAGGUCUGGUACCCCUUAAAAUGAAGCACUUUCACCAAUAGAGAAACUAGUUUACAAGAGAAAAGGCUAUAUUUGUUAUUUCCCUUGUUUUUUUUUUUCUGAUUUAUUUUUUUAAAAGAUAUGAAAGGCCAUAUAAAUGUCUUCUGGAAUUUAUUUAAUCUGUACAAAAAUAUAUAUAUAUAUAUAUACUAAAAUGUAACUUCAGAACUGAUUGAUCAAAAACAAACGGACAAAAAGCUGUCCAUAUCUAUGACUAUUCUUUGGAAAUUAUUUUAUAAGCUCACAGCACACAAGGGAUUAAAGUGGUCAAAUAAACCAUCAUCAUGCAAUACACCUGAAAAAUAUAUAUAGAUCUUCCCACACUGCCAGAAGUGUAAACAAACAGCAUAUAGCUAUACUUGUGCACAACAUACAACAAAAAACUAAAUAAUAUCACAAAAUAUAUCUUUGAAAAUAACAUUUGGGGACAACACGAAAUGUGGGAAUACCAAGGAGAGGACAUUGGGCUACAGCAAUGAGGACAGUAAAUGUUACCACUGAGCCAAUGGUUUGGCUGUCCAAUGUGUUAAAUCUCUCAGGGGUUUCUUUCCAACUCAGGAAACCCAUCAUGGCUACUGGUCCCAGUGUAGAAUCUCAUCAUAAAGAUUUAACUUUAUAAAACACAAAGUAUUUUUUUUUACCGUACAAAGGAGAUUUGCUCCUUUGUACGGUAAAAGAAGACCAGAUUCAGAUAUCUCUCUUUCUUGCAUUCACAUUUUCCCCUCAAAAAGAUCUAGGUAUAAAGACCACAAUCCUAAAUAAUUCAUAAAGCUGCAUGUUUGGUGACAUCCUAAUCCAUGUCUAAGUGCAAAGCUGCACUUUAUGUCCAUUUCAGACUAUGCAUCAAAACUGCAUCAGACCUGCUCUUCUGUUGGCACCGGCAGUGAACAUCUUUGAACGUUAGGAACAGGUUGAGGUAAAAUUCAACAGUGCUAGAUACAUUUUUUGACCAAACAAAAAAAAAAACAUUUUUAAUUAAUGUUUUACCUCCAUUUCACUGCAAGUUGGGAUUGCUGAUCGACGUUUGAAUGCACAAAGACUUUCACACUUUGAUGAAAUAUGGUAAAUUGCUCAAGAAUGCAAGAAGGUCAUCUGUGGUAAAUUGAUCUGUCAUCACCAUCAUUAUGGGAUUUUUGGGGACUACUGAAGACAGAGGAUCUACAACAGGCAGCUGCAUUCAAAGACUGCUUCUUCUUACCAUUCCGUAUAAAGUUCCCUUUCCUCAUGUGACUGUGUUCUUCUGGCUCACAAUCAGAGAAUGGACAGAAACUGGUGCUAUUGAGCCAUAGUGCCCACAGCAGUCCAGGAGAGGAAGCACUUAGCAAAAAUCUGUUCUAACUCCUGACCACAUUAACGAUUGAAAUGGAGUCAUCUUCUCAGACUUGUCGGUCAGGUAUUCCGACAAUAUAAAAAGUAUAAUAUGAAAAAAAGAGACAGAAUACCACAACAUUAAAAUAGUGUGUGACAAUUGUUUUUAAAAUUUAAUGAAUGAAAAAAAAAAUCUGACAACCAGUGUUUAUUUGCCUUGUACUCUGGCGUGAAGCCUUUGUGUUUUUAAAUGCCUUGGUAUUGCACUUCUGUAGAAGUAUGCAGAGUUUCUUUUACUCUUUUUAGAAUUUACUACUACAAUAUUUAUCACUACUCUUGUGUACUCUGUACAUAUCCCUAUCAGUGUCAGAAGUACUCUCACAGGUACAAGCAGAAGAGAGAGGGAGGAACAGAGAAAAGAUAUGGGUAUAACUUGGGUUAAAUAAAAUAGAGAACACAAUAAAUGUACCUUAGUAGAGAGUUAGAAGCCUUGUGCAUCAAUAAUGUACCUCCCAGAGAGCUAUGCUAUACUACUAGGAAUGCAGCAUCCGAGAGAUAAACUUUAUAAUAAUCACUUUAAUAGCAUUUGAAUCAGUAACCUGAAAAAACAAGGUAUUCACCAAGUGUGGAUGGAUUUCUCAGAGAAUAUCUCUCUUAGAAUUUGGUUGCAGUUCUUCCACCCUCUCAAGCCAUUUUCUGCUUAAAUCCCCCCUCCCCCUUCUCCCCCUCUCAUACAGCCAACAGGAAUUCAUUCUGAAUCCAUUUUUGGUAUACAGAGGAGAGACAAAUGUACUGCACAAAAAUGAAGAUGUGCCAAAUAAGAGAGAAAAAAAUUGACACAAGCAAGUGUUGGCGGGGCUUAGCUGUCUCUCGGCCACAAACCAUCUGGUUACUGUGAAGCGAAACAAGCAACUUUUAAUGAAGUCCUGACAUCACAAGUUGACUACAAGUCAGUUUUAUCAAAGUUGUACAUGCAGGUAAAUAUGAGACUGAGUUGAACAAAGACUUUUAGUAUUCCAGUGUUGGAUCAGCACAAAGGCUCUCUUAGUAGUGUGACAUAUUGCCAGAACAGGAAAAGCUUUAAAAUAAUUCAGAUUGACCUUAUUCAUUGGGAAUAGAAGAAAGACAGGGUGAAAAGUCAAGAUUAUUCUGAGAAUUAUAUUUUUGUUAUUUUAUCCUUGGAAAGACAUAUUUUCAAAUCUGCAUAUUAUAGACCUCACCCUCCAGCAGAAAUGAUGAGGUUGAUGUGAGAUCUCUAAUCAGCUGCCGUAUGUCUUGCCUAUGUGGUAAAAGGUAUAUCAUUCAAAUAAAUUAUUUUUAUUGCAUUAAA